CUCAAGAUGCGAUUCGCUUUCAAUCAUAGUCAAAACUAAAUAAAUUUAUAAAAUGCUUCCGAAAAGAAUCGCCAGCAAGGCUCCAAAACACGUCGCAUCCAAGCUUCUUAAGACAGCGGCAUCGGCAUCCAAAUCCGAUUCCGUUAUUUUAAGCAAAUAUGCUGCGUCCUUAACAGCAGAACAUCUGGAGCGAUAUAUUGAUAAAAUUUCCAUAGUCGGUAAGGAUCCAUACUUGCUAACAAUGAGCCAGAGUGUGCUUCCCGUAACUGUAAGUUAUGAGUCCAUAAUUGAAUAUGCGCUUCAUCAAAAAUCGGCGUACACCGGAGCAGGCUUCCAUUGUUUCAAAGCCGUGGAAGCAAAACAACGAUUCGAGUGUGGGAUGGUGAAGCUGGUGGAGGGAAUUAGGCUUGGAGUUGGAGACCUAUAUGUAGUGCGAGGAAAGGUGAUGCAUUCUAUGAAAAUGAAUGAGCCGAAUUUGACUCCGUGGAUUGUGAUCAAUGGGCGCAAUGGCGCAAUAUAAUUUGUGCACACUGCGAUUGUGUGGCAGGAAUCGGAGAAGUAUGCUCACAUGUCGGAGCAGUCUUGUAUUGCCUCACAAACAUUCAUCACACUAGUCUGUCCCAGAGAGCUGCAGGAAUCUCAGUUACCGAUGUGGAACAACGAUGGGGCAGGCCCAGUAAAACGCUGAAAGCCAACUUGCAACAAUCCCUGCAAGAGAUAGACUUUGGCCAUGCUCUCCAUGGAGGAGUUGUGAAU